ACUGAAACAAGCGGUCGAGGCUAGAAUGAGAGAACAACUAUCGGGAUAUUUUUUAAUGUUAUAUUGGACUUGCCAGUCCUUUAGUUAUUAUAAAAAAAUUCAAUUUUUUCCAGGUAAUUUUCAAAUGUUUUCCUUAUGAUAUAGCUACUGCCUACCUUUUUUUAUUUGACCUAUUCUAUUGUAGCCUAGUUAUUUCCUCGUUCCAGAGUAGAUGACACCUUUUUUUUUUUUAUUUAGUCACUUUUUCCUUACAUGGAAAUGCUUAUUUUUAGUCUGAUGAAGUCAAAUUUGUGGUGUCUUUGAUAAUUUAUUGAUCUCCUCUCUAUUAUGUAAUGUUAGAUUAAUUGUUCUAUAAAUUAUGAAGGAAAUGUGCGAUGUAUUAUUAGAAUUGCAAUAGUGUGUAGCCAUGACUACAGUGGGUGGGGGUUGUUCUGGGGAUGCCGCAACAAGAGGUAACUAGUUUGUUUCCUUGGGUUCAAAGGAGGAUGAUGAUGAUAAAAUAUUGUUGUUGGGAAAUGUGUUAAUUAGUGCAACAUGGCUUAUGGUGGUUCAUAGCCUACCAAUCUAGGAAUGGUCAUCUGUGAUCAAUAUGGCAGACAUUGAUGUAUUUUUGUCAGACUUGUUCUACUUGAAGUGGUGCAAACAUCUGUUUUGACUCGGACAUUGAUUUAAACUAAAGAAAAUGGCUAAGCGACAUCUUCGCGUGCGUGCUUUGAUUAGUUUUGGAACAAGGAACAAUACACAACCCUGUCUCCGAACGCGCUGUUGUGCAACAUCAUGCUUCUUCAAUGAAAUCAAUGCUGGUCAAUAAGGCGGCUGCUUUGAUGUAAACUCAUCGUACAUGUUUUCUUUUCGUCGUCAAUUCUUAGGGGUUUUAUAACAAACAAGAUGGCUACGUCCGCCAGCGCCGAACUGAGUAAGGCUGUUAAACAGCAGUACAUGGCACUCCCUCAGGGAGACAAAGUCCAAGUCAUGUACGUCUGGAUAGAUGGCACCGGAGAGGGACUCCGCUGCAAAACCAGAACACUGGAUUCAGAGCCCAAGAGCAUCGAGGGUAUGCAAUAAUUAGAACCGAAGGGCUUACUUUUUUCUUUGUUGGUUGGCAUUCGAGUUGAAUUUCUGGGCGUUGUAUGCAUAAUUUAUUAUUUUGUAGCCUACCUAGUUGUUUUGAGUGACUUGAGUUAACUAAAUAAUUUGCUUUGAUUCUAUAGAACUGCCGGAAUGGAACUUUGAUGGCUCCAGCACCUACCAGUCUGAGGGCUCAAACAGUGAUAUGUAUUUGAUUCCUUCUGCAAUGUUCAGAGAUCCCUUCCGCAAAGAUCCCAACAAAUUGGUAUUGUGUGAAGUGCUGAAGUACAACCACAAGCCUGCAGGUAACCUAGAAUCCUUGGUGUGCAUCGGUCUUGCUAAGGUUAUAUAUAUUUUUGCUUUAGUGUCUAAUAUGGGUAAAUUUAUUUGCACAGAAACAAACCUUCGUUUGACGUGUAAGAAAGUAAUGGACAUGGUUGAGAACCAGGUCCCUUGGUUUGGCAUGGAGCAAGAGUACACAAUCCUAGGCACUGAUGGACACCCAUUUGGCUGGCCCAACAACGGCUUCCCUGGCCCACAAGGUAAAGACCCAUCAUAGUGAUCUUUGACUGACCUUAUACAAUUUGUUAUCCCAGCAGAUGCAUUAGUUUGUGAAUUUUCUGAAUUGUAAUCAAACCAUGCUUCUCUAUAGGUCCCUAUUAUUGUGGAGUGGGAUCUGACAAGGCUUAUGGUAGAGAUAUUGUGGAAGCCCACUAUAGAGCCUGUCUGUAUGCUGGGGUCAUGAUCGGUGGCACCAAUGCUGAAGUAAUGCCUGCACAGGUAAGCUCAAAUCCUGUUUUAUAAUGUGGCAUUUAUGUGAUUGCAAAGGAUCAGCCAUUAGAAAAUACUGAUUCAUAAGACUGACGCACUGAAACACUGGUUUUGUCCAUUUUUAGUGGGAGUUCCAGGUUGGUCCUUGUGAAGGCAUCAGCAUGGGUGAUCACCUCUGGGUGGCUCGCUUCAUCCUCCACCGGGUGUGUGAGGACUUUGGCGUGGUGGCCUCGUUUGACCCCAAGCCUAUCCCUGGGAACUGGAAUGGUGCUGGCUGCCACACCAAUUUCAGCACUAAAGAGAUGCGGGAAGAAGGCGGGUUGAAGUGAGUACUGGAUCAUAUCAAGAUGCAUUCAGACAAGGUUUAAUGAGAAAUCUGCAUGCAUCAUUAGUGUUAUUUGUUCAAUAUCACCCAUCUAUAUCUUUUGGAUGUUGAAUUAAGCCAGACUUAUUUAAAUGUUCUCUAGUUAAAGGAAAUGGUGCUGACCACCUGUACUUUUCUGUGAUUCAUUUAAUUAUCCUUCUCUCUGCUCAGGGCCAUUGAGGAGUCCAUUGAGAGGCUGGGGAAGAGGCAUAGCUACCACAUCCGCGCCUACGACCCUAAAGGGGGGCUUGACAACGCCCGUCGCCUCACCGGCCACCAUGAAACCUCCAACAUCCACGAGUUCUCUGCUGGCGUAGCCAACCGCGGCGCCAGUAUCCGCAUCCCUCGCACCGUGGGCCAGGAGAAGAAGGGCUACUUUGAGGACCGCCGACCGUCGGCCAACUGUGACCCGUAUGCCGUGACGGAGGCUCUGAUCCGCACCUGUUUGCUCAGCGAGGAGGGAGACGAACCUGUGGACUAUUAGAUACGAGAUCCACAGCUCUCUGGACUGAAUCCCCUCACCCUCUUUCUUUUCAAAAUGUUUUGAAUGACUGAAAAGUCAAACUAGUACUGCAUUUGUCAUUUUUAUUUUCCACUGAAAUGAUUCUAACCUUGCAUUUUUAAGUAGCUUAAAGUUGGCUGGUCAACUUAAAAUGGAUUUAAAUCUGGUGGUAACAUAUGAGAUGUAAACAAAAAAUAUGUCUGACAGGGUAUUGUUUUUCCCUUCUCGUUUUGGUUGUUUUAUAGUGGGGAGUAUUUGUAAUGUAACUGUUUAAGUCCCCAUUUCGUCUCUUUCCCUGCCGUCUGUCGAACUGAAAUGAACUAAAGCACAUAUGGACGCUGAAGACUAGGGUUGCUAUGGCUGGGCGGCAUGUGUAAUUUUCUUAACCUAUGGCUAGUUUGUGUACUUUUGUAUGUUGACCAGCCAUUUAAACUAUGUACUGUUUCAAUGUUAUUAACUAUAAAUAGGAAGUGUUUUUAAAUGGCAACACUUCGGUCUCUUCAGAUUUGACACAUUACUGGAUCAUGUAUGGUACACUCUUUAGAUGUCUGGCUCCAAAUACUGUUAUUUUACAUUUGGGUCCGUCCAUCCGUAUUGGCAAUUGUAGAGUUCCUAUAAGACUCAUGAAGGAGUUUUAUCCUUUUUGUCAACUGAUAUACUGUUAUGGCAUCUGAUUUGGUAAAACUAGAAUUUGCUGAACCUGGUUUUUGUUUUUUACAUUUAAACUUUAUUUUUACCACAACUUUGACUGUUUUGGUUCUUGUUUCAAAACCUGUUUACGAAAAGGCCAACAUUUGGCAUGUAGGACUAAUGCAAUGGUAUAGCAAAACCAGGGCAAUUCUGAAGUGAAACCCUAAAGCUCAUCCAAGUUCCUUUGAUGAAAUUAAUCUCAUUGCACGUAAUUCCCGCUGAGUGCCAACCUGCAAAACAGGAAGUCCCCUACGCUGGCUGGCUCUGAGGAAAGGGUCUAUGAUGUGUGGUGGAUGGUCUCUGGUGGACAGCAUUGCAGUUAAUGCAUUGAAAAAAAAAAAGCACUGCAGGGUGUUCUCUGGCAUUGAUGCCCAGGAACAUGAUCACAGUAAUUGAAUCCAGAAUAAUAGUCUUCAAAUAUUUCUCACCAGUACGUGCACAAGGGAGACUUCAAUUUUCAAUCAAGAUUAAUCUGGGAUCAUAAACUUAAACCUGAUCCGGACUGUACCUUCUCUAGACCCUAAGUAUUAGCAUGGUGUGAAUAGUGAGGUGUUGAGUAUUGGGCUACAGCUGGUCAUGUUGCUCUUUCACGCAAUGGGUGUCGCAGAAUAUUUCCCAGCUACAUUGAGGAGAUUUACAACUGAAAGGAGUAAAGGACUGAGUUGGAAAAUAUCUAGCUUCCCCUGCCAGGGCUGAUAGUAUCACGGCUGGAUACAUGACUAGAAAACAUCCAGUAUAACCUGUCAUACACAUGCUCCUGCUCUCACGCCCAUUGCCUGACAAGUUAAUCACCAAGUAGCUGGCAGCUGCCUACUAUUUACUGUAUGUUGGCACUGAUUUCUUUGGCAUCCAAUAAGAACAUUGUUUCACAGACCAUAGUAAUACUUUUUUUAGUGAGGAGUUUACUUGGUGUUAGGGCUGGAAGAGAUUGUAUGUGGUGUCCUUGUGAGACUGGUUCUCUGUCUGAGGGGUGAGGGUAUUCCCUGCAUGCAUUAGGUCAUGUGAGAAGAAUAGGGCUAGAGAUAUUGUAUCAAGGAAGGGCUCCUCAGACAAAGCAGCCUUGUCCUCCGGCAUGGUAGCAGACCUGGAGGUUAAACUUCACUUUCAACAUUGUAUGGACUGAAAAGUAUGACUUGAUUAUUAUGUUCAAUUUAGCCUCGGAAGCCCAGGCCAUGUGAGAAUAUGUUCAACUCUACCCUAGUGUCACAGUUCGUCGUUCCACGAAAUGAGUGUCUUUUGUGUCCCUUUGCUAUUUUAAGUAGAAACUGUGCACAAAUAUUGAAUGUGUCCUUUAAUAUAGACCACAUGGAAAAUUCAAUAAAUCAGAUUUUAACAUGAAUAAAGACUUGCUAAAGUACCAAAAUUCUGAAUUUCACAUGUCCCUCUAAGCAUCCUCUGUGAUUUCUAGGAAUAUCUUAAGCCUCUUAAUACUAAAGUUUCUCAAAGCUUUCACCAUCAUUGUAAAGCAUGGUGAAACUAUUCCUUUAAAAAUAUUUUUCAAAAGAAACAUUGAACAUCAAAUCAAAUACAAUUUUAUUGGUCACAUGCGCCGAA